CUACUCAGGAGGCUGAAGCAGGAGAAUCACUUGAGCCCGGGAGGUGGAGGUUGAAAGUGAGCUGAGAUCGCACCACUGCACUCCAACAUGGGUGACAGAGCAAGACUCUCUCUCAAAAAAAAAAAAAAAAAGAAUGAAGGCAUUGGAGAUUUGGGCCUGAGGAGUGGCGAGAGGAGGAGAGGCAAGGCUGCAAGUUGGAGAUGGCAGAGGCUGACAAAGCAGAUGUGUUGGGAACAGUUAGCAGGAGAUCCAGCAGGUCAGGGGGAGGCCAGGGCCUCCUCACUCCCCCAGCCAAGGCACCUAGCCCACAGGGACCCAGGUGACAUGUGACACCAGGGCAGCCACAGGGCCUCCUGGAGCAGGGACCCCCUCAGCCGAGGCAGCUGCUGCUGCUGCAGCUGGUGACAUUUCACUCCAUGAGAGUCCUGGCUUCAAAGUCUUUGCAGGGGUAGCAGAGGGAGAAAAGGGGGUUGAAGAGGACAGGCUGGGUUGGGGAGGGAGCCAGAGCAGGGUGGCCACCAGAGGACCACGCAGCCAGCGGUGGCUUGGGCCGGAGCCCUUAGCCGAAGUGUGUGGGCCUGACGGGUCCAGGAGCAGCCACCCUCAUCCUGCAGCCCCCAAGGAACAUAGGAAGAGGUGUGGGAACCCUUGGGCAGCCCUAGGCUCCCCCUAGGGGACUAAGGUUGGGCCUGCUGCCCACUUUACCCAGAUGUCCAGCAAGGUGGCCAUCAACAGUGACAUUGGGCAGGGCCUCUGAGCAGUGGAGCAGCUCCAGAUGGAGGCAGGCAUCGAGCAAGUGAAGGUGAGAGUCGGGGCCAGUGCAGGAGGCAGGAAGAGGUGGGAACACAUGGGCCAGGGGACAGGUGCAUGCCUGGGUCUGGUCUGGCUGACCCAGUUGGUCUGCAGGUGUCAGAUGGCCGCCGAUCUGCUGCAGUUCUGCACGGAGCAGGCCAAGAACGACCACUUCCUUGUGGGCAUCCCAGCCGCCACCAACUCCUUCAAGGAGAAGAAGCCCUAUGCCAUCCUAUGAACCCAGGACAAUGCCACCCUGUGGCCUGGGCAAACCAGGGGGCCUCAAUAAACAAAGUGAAUACUUCUCAGGGCAUGGCUGAGCCGGGCUGAGAUGGGAGACCAGAGGGACUUUGGGCUUGCAGGGAACAGGUGCAUACCUGGCCCAGCCUCCCUCCCUGGCCUGCCCCCGGGGUCACAGAAACAGCAGCACACACACACACCCUGGAGCCCCGGACGGAGAGCACAGCAUCCCUCUUGCCCUCCCCAGCACCCAUGGGAUAGCCUGAGCAGGUACCCUUUUCCACCAUGCAGACAAAUAGCCAGGAUUUGAGUCAUAAUCUAUACACCACACGCGUCACACAUCACACACACACGUGACAUCAUAGACACAGGUGCCCACGAUCCUCAGGACUCUCCCUCUUCAAACGAAUGCACAGCAACAGCUGACACGCACCCCCCAGCCCAGACUUGCUAUCUCUCCCAGUCACUCCCACGCAGGCCUGCAGCCCCCCAGCCCCGAGCAGGCGCAGGCGGAGCCCCAGCAGGCAAACCACACUCACACUUCAGGCCCAAGCA